AUGUAUAUCAAAAAUUUCCUACCGUUCCUUCAGUCACCAGCACAAUUUUGGAACCUUAAAGGCGGUGAUAAACCGUUUGCUCCACAUUGCCCUAUCGAUUUACCAUUGAGCUGUCAGAAUCACACUGACAUACAAGAUUCGUGCUGUUUUGAGUACCCAGGUGGUAUAUUUUUGCAAACCCAAUUUUGGGAUUACGUGCCCUCACGUUCCGGUCUUGAUGAUGACGAGUUGGAGAAGCAAUUGGGACCGUUAGAUUCAUUUACUAUCCAUGGGUUGUGGCCUGACAAUUGUCGUGGUGGAUUUGAACAGUUCUGCGAUGAUUCAUUGGCUAUAGAUGACGUGUAUUACUUGCUGAACUCUGAUCAAUUUAAUAAUGAUAAGGUCAAUCUAGAAAUUAGUGGGAAAGAUUUACUGGCUGAAUUGAACCGCCUGUGGAAGAGCAACAAUGGGAAUGAUGAGUCAUUGUGGAUUCACGAGUAUAACAAGCAUGGGACAUGUAUCAAAACAAUCAGACCCAGUUGUUACUCCCGCUGGAAUGAUGACAGCGUGAUUGAAAAUGCUACUGAUCUUAAAAAGCAGUCGGUCUAUGAUUAUUUCAGAGUGGCUUAUAACGUACACAAGAAGUUAGACUCAUUUAAAGUUCUUAAAGAGGAAGGAAUUGAGCCCAGCCUGAAGAAAACGUAUACCAGAGACGAAAUUCAAGCAGCUCUUAACAAAGGCUUCAAAGAUCAUAAUGUCUAUUUUGCCUGUGAUAGACACCAGGCUUUGAAUGAAGUGUGGUACUAUCAUGUUUUGCAGGGUUCAUUGCUCGGUGAAGAAUUUAAACCAAUUGAUACUUUACGAACUGGUCUAUCCCGGUGUCCCGACAAGGGCAUUAAAUUCUAUCCCAAGGGCUACAUACCAUCUGGGAAUGGUGGCGGAGGCCACAAUGGUCGUCAAUUGAGAGGAAUCAUCAGAUUGAGCGGAUAUGAAGGUUUCCUCAUCAAGAAUGGUCGCUGGAUGAUCAAGGGAACUCCAGCAAAUUUCCUUUUGCUCAAGGCUCCUUUUGGAGGUUACCACUUAAAAUCUCGUACGGGUUACUGUGGAGUCUCUGAAGAUGGAUUGUUGACUUGUAACAAGCACGUCGGUAAUGCUGGACAGUUCGAUUACAAUGCCGAAAAAGGAGGCUACCUUGGUUAUUCCGGAAGUAGCGAAUGGGGGGCCACCAACUUGCCACGCGGUAAUAUCCAAAGCUUCGUCUACCUGAAGGGCGAUAUUCCUAAACCAUAUGAAUUCAAAUUGAAAUUUAUCAAAAGUUGA